AUGUGUGUCCCAGCCCUGCAGCACUUCAGUGAGAGCAUCCAGGAGUAUUUGGCCAACCUGGACAAGGCCCCCGACCCCACGGUGAGGAAGGACACCUUCUCCAACGAGAUCUUCUGCGCCUACGAGGUGCUCUUCAACGGCUGGAUCCAGCACCGCGAGGCCAAGCUCAGGCUGGCCGUGGUGGAGGCCCUGGGGCCCAUGAGUUACCUGAUGCCCAGUGAGAAGCUGGAGGAGCAGCUCCCAAAGCUCAUUCCCGGGAUCCUGGGCCUCUACAAGAAACACUCCGAGGCCUUUUACAUCUCCAAGAGCCUCUCCCAGAUCCUGGAAGCCUCCGUGGGCAUCGGGAGCCGCAGCCUGGACGGGCAACUGGACGCCCUGUUGGGCACCCUGCACCCCCAGAUCUGUGCUCCCUCGGAUCCCUCGGUGCCCCUGAGCCUCAAAAACCACACCGAGGUCCUUCGCUGCUUCACCAUCCUGGCCUGUUCGUUCCCAGACCGUGUCCUGGCCUUCCUGCUCCCAAAGCUGGAGAGCAGCAACGAGAGGACCCGUGUGGGGACCCUGCUCAUCAUGAGGCAGAUCAUCAACAGCGCCCCUUCCCAGAUGGAAAUCAAGAAGCCCUUUAUCCUCUCCUUCAUGAAACUCCCUCUCCAGGACAGCAACAACAAGGUGCGGCGGGCGCUGGUGCAGGUGAUCAGCGCCAUGGCCCACCACGGCUACCUGGAGCAGCCGGGCGGGGAGGCCCUGCUGGAGUUCCUGGUGCGCCAGUGCGCCCUGCCCGCCGCUGGGGACAGCGGGGAGGGAUUGGGGCCAUCCCACCCCAUGGGGGAUGAUCUCAUGCUCUCUUCCCUUCUUCUCGUAGCCAAUCUUCCCUCUCCCCACGCUCUGACCACGAGACUCCUGGUGGUCUCCUGCCACCCCUACGUGGGGGACGGCCGGGGCGCGGCCGCCCUGCGCCUGCUCCACGUCCUGCGCUCCGGCAUCCACCCCGCCCUGGAACCCCCCUGGGACAAGAGCAUCCCCCUCCUGGUGGAGCACCUGGAAGAGAACACGGAGAAGUCCCUGUCCCAGCAGGAAUGGGAGGAGAAGCUGCUGCAGUUCCUGCAGGACAGCCUGGCGGCCGUGCCGGACGACACGUGGAGCUGCCCCUUGGUGACCGAGAUGUGCCGCCAGCUGAGCAGCUACAACGGCUCCCACCUGGAAAAGAAUUUCCUGUAUAAAUGCAUCGGGACGACCCUGGGAGCCUGUGCCAGCAAGGAGCUGGUGCAGAAGCAGCUCCAGGAGCUCCUGGAGACAGCCAGGUACCAGGAGGAGGCCGAGAGGGAGGGACUCGCUUCCUGCUUCGGGAUCUGUGCCAUAAAUCACCUGGAGGAGACCUUGGCCAAGCUGGAGGAUUUUGUGAGGUCGGACGUGUUCAAGAAAUCCGUGGGGCUCUUCAGCAUCUUCAAGGACCGCAGCGACACGGAGGUGGAGAAGAUCAAGAGCACCCUCAUCCUGUGCUACGGGCACGUGGCCGUGGCCGCCCCCCGCGAGCUCGUCCUGCCCCGCGUCGAGGCCGACAUCCUCAGGAACGUCUUCCAGUACUUCCACACCAAGGACCUGACGCUGAAGCUGUGCCUGAUCCGCAGCCUGGCCAUGCUCUGCCAGGCCGUGGGCCCCGGGAAGGGCCCGCCCGGCUUCGUCCUCGCCCGCAAGGCCGAGCUCGUCGCCCACAUGGUGGAAUUCAUCCGGGCAGAGCCCCUGGAGAGCCUGCGGACGCCGCUGCGCCAGCGGGCCAUGGUCACCUGCACCCACCUGGUCCCCCUGGAGCCGCCGCUGAGUGACCCGGACAGGACGGAGCUGCUGGACACCUGCCUGGCCAGUGUCCUGUCCCUGCCCCCUCUGGAACCCGGGAAGGACAAGGAGGAGAACGGGGGAGAUUCCUCCCACGGACAGGUGCUGUAUGGGGACACCCUCAGUGCCCUGAAGGACCUGCUCAAGAGCCUCCUGCACAGGAACCUGACGCCCCACGGGCUCCAGGACAUGUUUGCGCACCUGGGCCCCUGGAUCAAGUCUCCCCGGGAGCAGGAGCGGGCCCGGGCCGUGGAGGUCAGCGCUUCCCUGCUGGAAUUCUACCUGAGCAAACUCAACGUCAGCACUGUGACCCCCUUCUACAACCUGAGCGUGCUCCUGGCCCUGUUCUCCCCGCGCUGCUCCGACUCCGUGGCCGCCGUCCGCCGGCGCUCCGUGGACUGCGUCCGCUCCCUGCUCUACAUCCAGCUCUGCUACGAAGGUUUCGCCCGGGACCACAGGGAUGAGAUGGUGGAGGGGCUGAAGGCGCUGAAGAAAGGCCUGGAGGAGCCCGACUUCACCGUCCUCUUCCACGCCUGCACCAGCAUCGCCAUGGUGAUUGGGAGGCGGAUCCCUCCGGAUCAGCUCAUGAACCUGCUGCUGUCCCUGUUUGAGGGGCUGGGGGAUCCCGACAGGAAUUGCUCCCGCGCCGCCACCGUCAUCAUCAACUGCCUGCUCAAGGAACGGGGAGGGGUCCUGCAGGAGAAGAUCCCGGACAUCGUGAGCAUCAUCCACGGGAAGCUGGAGGAGGUGGACGAGGAGCACCUUCGGAAGGCGGCCCAGCAGACCGUGUACAUCCUGGCGGCCCAACAUUCCAGCCUCGUGGUCUCCAGCCUCCUGGGCAGCUCCCUGCCCUUCGACAGCCACACCUGUGCCAUGUGGAGAUCCCUGGCCGUGGAUCCCACCCUCACCUCCCAGGUCCUGGAGCAGCUCCUGGAGAAGCUCAGCAGGGACAUCCCCUACAAGGAGACCAAGAGCUUCCUGCUGGGCAACGGAUCCGAGCGCGUGGCCACCACCCUGCCCCUGGCUGCCACCUGCGCUCUCCACGAGCUCCUGUCGGCUCCGGAGGCGGGGGCCGCCGUGCUGGGGCUCUACCCGGCCCUUUUUGGGACCCUCCUGCUGCGCCUCAGCUGCUCCCUGGGGGUGCAGCUCCCCAAAAACCUGCAGGGCAGGGACAGGAGGAGCCACGGAGCCACCGCCCGGAGCCUCCAGCCCGGCAGCUGUGCGGUGGAGACGCUGCGGGCGAUGCUGCUGCGGGGUGGCAGCGAGGAGGUUGUCCGGGACGUGGGCGAUUCCGGGGGCUGGGAGCUCAUGGCCAGCCCGGAGCGGCACCACGACGGCGUCGCCCUGCUCGCCAGGGCCAUGGCUCGCCACGCCGGGCCGCGGCUGCCCCUGGUCGUGAAGACCCUCCUGCCAGCCCUGGGCAGCGCCUUCGACAGCCAGCGGGUCACCACCACCGCCUUCUUCGCCGAGCUCCUCAACAGCAACGUGGUGAACGACCUGAUCCUGCUGGAGACCCUGCUGGACACGAUGACGGGGAGGCAGAAGGAUUCCUGCCUCCUGGUCCGGAUGCUGGCGCUGCGGGGGCUCGGGAAUAUCGCCUCCGGAUCCCCGGAAAAGGUGGGGGUGACUCCCCUGCCCCGAGCUUCGGAGGGAAACUGGAGGGGGCAGGAGGAGGGGGAAGGAAUUCCCACUGCCUGA